AUGGGACUCAACAUGCUUCUUUUGGGGCUCGUGUUAAGUAAUUUGGUGAUCUGUACCUGGGCAUAUCCGCAACAGUACCAACAGCACACGGUGGAACAGAGAAAGUUUGCGGAAAAACCGAACGCCAUUAAGAAAGUUGCUCUCGACGAUAUCGAUGAGAUACAGACCAACCAGAUACAAGAAGGUGGCUUUUCGUGGUCCAACAUGCUUGGACUGCUGAUGCAAAUGAUUUUCAACGGGGGAGGUGGUGGCGGCGGAAAUGUUCCGACCAAAUCUGACGACAUUGACAACGGUGUGUCAUCGUUCGGCCAGUCACCAUGGGCGAAUGUGAUUUCAGUUGGUUUGAAGAUUAUCACUACCCUGCUUGGCGGUGGCGGUGCUGGCGAUGGUAUUGAUAAAGUGGACAAUGGUGGAUCUCCGAUGCAGAACGUUCUAGCUGCAGUAUUCACAGCCAUGUUUGGCGCCAAAGAUCCGGACCAAGUAAAUACGAUGGCAAAACAGGCUGGAGAGUUCAUUAACAUCGUCGUAAAUCUGUUGGAUGCUCUGAAGACGUCAUUUUCGCAUCGCUCGUUAACCGCACGGAAUCUAGGAAAGAAGGACGUGAUCAGCGAUGCCACAGUGGCCAGCUUGAGCAUGAUGAAGGGCUACGUACGCAGCACACGCAACGCCGACGAUCGUUGCAUGCAAAAGUUUCUCUGUGAAGCAAAUAUUGACUGCAUGGGAGCGAUUGGCGGCUCAAGCAUAUUCUGUCAACUAGGCUCCUAUGCUACCAGCUACAUUCUAGAGCGACAGACAGGUAAAUCGUUCGAAAGCUUUUAUGAGGCUGGACGGAAUGGACGCUCCGGUUUCGAUUGCCGACAGCUGUAUCUGGAGUGCAACGAAGUAUAA